AUGUAUCCAAACUUUGGAAUUGAAGAAAGACCGACACUUGGACGGAAGACGCUGAAGCAGACGCUUGUCACUGCCCUCCCAGUCGGUAUUCCUUGGUCCACCCAGAAGUUGCUUGGGUGCAAUUCCCAUUCAGAACUGUGGCUUUCUGUGUCUCUCUGCCUGAGACAGUCUCUGGCCAUGGGUGUUGUCUGGCAUCUUCCCAGAGGAGAGGACCCCUCGGGAACAACCCUCAGUUGCUCUCCGCUGGACCUGGGCUCCACCACUGCCCCGACCCCACAGGCCUCAGCCCCGGCGCCCGGUAGCAAGUCGCUUUCCUUCAGAAGGCCCCCGAUGUCCAGAUCGGUCACCUCCGUCCCAAACACCACCUCCGCGGGGCAGGGACUCCUGGCGGGCGGUGCUGCCACUGCUGGGCCACCAGUCUGCGUCCCGCCCACGCCCUUGGAACAAUCCACCGGAGGCCUGAAGUCGGACGUGGACCUUCUGCUCCGAGAAAUGCAGCUACUCAAAGGCCUUCUGAGCCGGGUGGUCCUGGAGUUGAAGGAGUCGCAGGCCCUUCCGGAGCUCAGGGGAACACCGGAGACCUCCACCUCGCGCUUGGUGGUGAGCCCGGGAACCCUGGAAGCCACGCCUGUGGAGAGUUGA